AUGGGGAGGGACAUGAUCAGUGAGUUUCCUGAGACCCUUUUGCUCCACAUAAUGAGUUUCAUGAACACAAAAUAUGCUGUUCAGACUUGUGUCUUGUCUAAAAGAUGGAAUCACAUUUGCAAACGACUCAUCAAUCUCACAUACUCUCCUGUUCCAAAUCUCCCGAAGAAAAUUGGGAUUGAAAGGUUUAAGAAAUUUGCAUCCUGGGUCUUGUCUACACGAGAUCACUCAUGUUUCCUGCAUAAUCUUGGUCUUCACCUUUGUUGGACAGAACCUGAACUCUUAGACAAGAUCAUUAAAUAUGCUUUGUUCUGUAACGUUCAGCAGUUGAUUUUAGAUGUAUAUUCAGGCUUUAGACCUGAUUUUCAGUCACUCCCUUUAAUCUUUUGUUCUCAGUCUCUGACAUCUCUCGAGCUUUCCAUUGCAUGGAACUAUGCUCUUAUAGUACUUCCAGAAUCUCUCCACAUGCCAGUAUUGAAAAACUUGCAUCUUCAAGGUGUAAGAUUUACAGCAAGGGACAAUGAUUCAGCCGAGCCCUUUUCAAAUUGUCACUCGUUAAACACUUUAGUCCUUAGGUACUGUUCUUUGAAGGAUGAUGCACAGGUGCUUUGCAUAUCUAAUUCUAGCCUUUCUAGUUUCACAUCAUAUGAAGGACAAACUUACCAAAUUCUGCUUUCUACUCCAAAUCUUAGUUUUUUCACCAUCAAGGGUUCUGCCACUCACCAACUCUUCUCCACAUGCAAUCUUUCUUUUCUUGAAGCAGUAAAUAUUGACGUGUCUUGGAAUGGACGUUGGGCUGAGAAAAGUUCAACCAUCAGUUCAAACAUCAUGAGAUGGCUGCAAGUGCUUGCCAAUGUAAAGAAACUGACCUUUACUUCUUGGUAUCCCUUUCAAAUCAUGUUACAUGAUUUCUCUAAUCCCAUUUCAGUGAAACCUGAACCUCCGAGCUUAGUAAGAUUGGAGUCACUGAAAGUGGUUAAGCAUUUCUCUGUAGACGUAUCUGAUGAAGAAGUAAACACAGUAAUGGAGUACUUGCUUCGGGGCUCUCCAAUGGCCAAAGUUCACAUCACAAGAAGGGCUUAAUUGAUAUACAUAUGCUUAGUUGUUUUGGUGGAGAAUUUUACAGACUACCCAGUUUUUGUCUUUUUUAUAUGCUUUCUUUCUCCUUGUCCAAGAUAUUGCCUUGUUU